AUGGUGGGCAAGAAGUCCGGGAAGGCUCUCCUUCGGGAUGAAGGCCUCGAAAGGACGGAUAACAACAUGGACCUCUCCAGCUGGCCUGUGAUCCCCGCAAUCAACCAGAAAAACUACUACACUGACUACCUCAAGCGCGACGACCAGUACUUGGCGUUCAGGUUGCAAAAUGAAGAAAAUCGGAAUCGGAUGGCUAAAAACGCCAAAGACCGCGAUCGUGCCCUUGCGAUGGCAAAGACAAAUGACUUUGGGAUACCCGAAGCGGACACGGAGAUGGAUGGCGACGCAAACAUGGAGGAUGCGGAGGAUGCGGCUACGGAGACAUUGGGCUCGAAAGUCGUCGUCAUCCAUGUCGGCAGCCAGAAUCUUCGCAUUGGCCUGUCUAGUGAUGCGCUGCCGAAAACUCUGCCUAUGGUAAUCGCGCGGAAAUCAACUACUAGCGAAUCCGAAGAUCAUGAGGAGCCUUGCCCGAAGAGGUUGAAGCUGGAUGAUGGCUCUGAAAUGGAGCCGGAGAAGAAAUUUGGCCCUGAGUUCUCUUCACAAUAUACAACCAUGUCAGCAGACUUGAAAACACAUAUGCGACAGAACAAACGUCGAACCCUGCCAAACUCUAAGGAAAUGGUAAUCAACUAUAACCGCCGAACAGUACCGGAGACCAUCUCAGAACAUAAUGAUCCGAUGCGAGUCGAAUGGACCGAAAUUCCGGACCCAGCGCCCGAGUACAUAGUGGGACAGCCAGCCUUGCGGAUACCCGACGAGUCAAAACCCCGCUAUAAGCUUUUCUGGCCUAUGAAGUAUGGUUGGUGUAAUGAGAAGGAUUAUGAUAACAAGCGGCUUUUGUUCUUGGAUAUUUCUAUCAUCCUUGAAGACGCGAUCAAGACUCAGCUGGGCCUCACAAGCAAGAAAGACUGGCCGCAGUACUCCUGCGUGUUUGUCAUCCCAGAUCUCUUCGAAAAGUCAUAUGUUACCCAGAUUCUUGAUAUGCUCAUGAGUGAGUACUCGUUUGCUCGUGUUUGCUUCAUCCAAGAGAGUCUUGCCGCUACCUUUGGUGCUGGAUUCACCUCAGCCUGCGUCGUUGAUAUUGGUGCGCAAAAGACAUCAAUAUGUUGCGUUGAGGAAGGAAUGUGCAUCGAAAAUUCGCGUGUGAACCUGAAAUAUGGCGGAGCGGAUAUGACUGAGCUAUUCGUCAAGAUGAUGCUCUACGAUCACUUCCCCUACGAAGAAAUCAACUUAUGGCGUAGGUAUGAUUUCCUGCUAGCUGAGGAGCUGAAGAAGAGCAUCUGCACCAUGAACGAAGCGAGUGUUUCGGUACAGGUCUUCGAUUUCCAUCUUCGGGUUGCUGGCCAAGACACCCGGAAGUAUACAUUCAAAGCAUACGACGAAGUGCACCUUGCUCCAAUGGGCGUUUUCCACCCGACCUUGUUUGACAACUCAAAUAAACUCAAUGGGCGACGAAAAUUGAUUACUCGUUCCAAGGAUAUCUAUGAUAGCCAACCAAAUGACCCAACUUCCGCCGCCCAGUCGGAAAUCCUGACGAUGCUUGCUCCUCCAUCUUCUAGCAACCAAGUCAACGGCGACUCCCAGGCGAGCACUGUGGACGUACAAGCAACUCCUAGCCGGUCGCAGCAGCCGAAUGCUCUCAGCCGUGUACAGGACGCCGAGGCCACCCCCCGAUCGUCUGUUGCCGGUUCCCCAGUACCAGAGGGCACACCACAAGCGGGGGGUGCCGCUACUCCUGCACCUGCUGGACAAAGCCAAAACACAUCUCAGCCACGUGAGCCCACCGUCGAGGAGCGCGACGAUAUCCUCCCGUCAUACCCCUUGGACAAGGCAAUUCUAGCCUCGAUCGUACAUGCCGCCCGCUCAGACGAGCGGAAGAUGCGCGAUUUCCUCGGUGGAAUCAUGGUUGUUGGUGGAGGAAGCAUGGUCAACAACUUCCAUUUGUUCUUAGAAGAACGACUUCAACUACUUCAGCCAGGUUUUGCGAAGGAAAUCAUGAUUGGUACACCUCCAAGAGAUCUUGAUCCGCAGGUUGUCGUGUGGAAGGGCGCCAGCAUAUUUGGGAAACUCAGUGGGACGAACGAUAGCUGGAUUAACCAGCUAGAAUAUGAUCGCCUAGGACACCGUCUGCUCGCAUACAAGUGCAUGUGGGCUUAUUGA